AUGACAAAACCAAACCAUCCUCCACAAAUUCCAAGCUACAAAAAGAACUGUGCUGAAGAGAGAAGAGACCACCAUCAACCUCUUUGCACAACAACUCAUCCUAACCAUCCAAUCAAAAACAAUUUCUCUAAUGCGAGCAAGACUCCAACGACACUCAACACUCUAUCCAAUACACUCAUCACGAAGAAGAAUGAUCACUUAACAACUUGUUUCAUUUCUCGUAAAGCACUCAUUCACUACAUGAUUCAUGAACCCUACUCUACUCUUAUAAUAGAUUGUAGAGAUAGAAUUGAAUAUGAAAAGAGUCAUAUCAUGACUUCCAUUCAAGGUCAUUGGAAUGAUUUUAAAGAGAGGAAUGGUUCUUCCCAACUAACUUGUAUUAGUUCUAUCAAUACCGUACACCAUCAUCCACAACAAUUACAACUCCAAGAACACUACUACUAUCACGAACAAAUACUUCUCAAAUGUAAGGAACAUGUCGAGAGAAUCAUUCUCGUGUACGAAUCUCAACAGCAGCAACACGAAAAGAACACUUUUGAAAAAAAUUUGAGAGAAUCAAAUAAGGAAAAUAUCAAUAACGUUGAGCCUCAACAACCUCAACCACAACAACAACCUCAACAACAACACCACCACUCGGAGGGUGAUUGGAAUUACAUAAACCAUAGAUCUAAAAAACAACCAAAGAUCUAUAUUCUUGUGGGUGGAUUUUCGGAAUUUUAUCAUUACCACUCCAAUUUAUGUUGGAAUUUUGAAACCAUGAAAGAAUUUUGUAUACAUGAGCCUCACAAAGAAAUUCCGAUGAAGGAAGAAGAAUAUCAUGAUCGGUUGCAUCAAGACAAUCAUCAUGACCAUUCCCUUCAUUCUAUGGAGAAGUCAAAUACUAUCACUCCUCAUCACAACGAGUAUCGUGAUGUCAUUCCUCACCUCUCUAGAGUAUCGACAACCCUCAAUUCGACUGCUACCAUGGUUACUACUACGACAACUUCUACCUUACUACCCUCAAUGAAUGAUCGUAUUCGACAUGCACAUCAAUUAUUAUUUUCGAAUCUCUCUCAACGAGUUAUUUGUGAGAGACCCACGAAAUUAUUUAAUAACCUAUAUUUGGGAAAUGUUCAAAAUUCAAUGAAUUUCCAACAACUCUCUGAAUUAGGAGUUACAUGUAUUAUUAAUGCCGCAGUUGAAUGCGAAAAUGUAUUUGAAAACAUUAACUUAAAUUGUACAAGGAAUACCAUUCCAUCCUCGUCAUGUGAAUGGACAAAUAAUAUCAUCAGCAAUGAUUGUACAAAUGACAAGAGCAAUAAUACCAAUGCUAAUACGAAUGACAAUCCUUCUAAUCAUAGAAUUCUCUAUUGCAACAUACCAGUACGUGACUCUGAAGAUGAGAAUAUAAGUCUCUAUUUUGAGAAAUGUUUUCAAUUUAUUGAAAUGGCCAAAAAAGAGCAGAGAAAAACUCUGGUGCAUUGUUUUAUGGGAAUGUCUCGAUCUGCUUGUUUGGUUGUUGCUUGUUUAAUGAAAUUUAAAGAAUGGUCACUCGAGAAGGCAUUCAAAUAUGUAAAGAAGAAGAGACCAUCCAUCGAAAUCAAUUGUGGAUUUAUGAAACAGUUAGUAGAAUUAGAAAAGAAAUUAUUCAAUAACGAGAAUACAUCCACUACUGUAAAAGCUUCACGCCCUGUGUUAGUCACAGCAAAGAGAUCCGCAACAAGGAAAAUGAUCCCAGAAUUCAUUCUUCGUGAACAAGAGUCAUCUUCAUCACUCCUAAGGGGAGAUGUCACUCCAUUCUCCUCCUCUUCAUCAUCGCCACCCACUCAUCCACAAACACCACCUAACCGCGUUACAAGUUUUGAAAAUCAAUUUGAAAGUAAAAACGACGAUUGA